AUGAAAAAGCAUUCCACCAGUCUGAGGGUGAGACUGCCUGUCCUGGUGCUGGUUCUGGAGGUUCUCCUCCUAGCCCUCUACACUGCCUUUGUCACCUAUGACAACGAUACUAAUGCUAAACUGCAGAACAAUGAGACCAAACCCAUGGACAACGCACUGUACCGAGAUUACCCAUACUUUGCUGACAUUCAGGUGAUGAUAUUCAUUGGAUUCGGCUGCCUUCUGGCCUUCUUCCGUCUCUACGGCUUCAGUGGGAUGGUAUUCAACUUCCUGACGGCCACCUUCGCCAUCCAGUGGGCCAUCCUGGUACAGGGCUACUUCCAGUUCAGCCAUGCUGGGAAGAUCCACCUGGGGGUUAUCAACCUGAUCAAUGCUGAGUUUGCCUGUGCCGUGGUGCUCAUUUCCUUCGGGGCCGUCCUGGGAAAGACCAGCCCAGUGCAGCUCCUAGUCAUGGCCCUGCUGGAGGUCCCAGUGUUCUCAGUCAAUGAAUGGGCCGUGAUCAAGUAUCUGAGGAUCAAUGAUGCAGGGGGAUCCAUCCUCAUCCACCUGUUUGCCUGCUAUUUCGGCCUGGGUGUAACAUUUGUCCUGUACAGGCCACGUCUGAACGAGGGUCACGCCAAGGAGAACACCAGCUACCAGUCAGACAUCCUGUCAGUUAUGGGAACCCUGUUCCUCUGGGUGUUCUGGCCCUCCUUUAACUCUGCUCUAACCCUGAAGGGAGACGACCAGCACAGGGCCAUCCUGCACACCUUCAUAGGCCUCAGCUCCUCCACCCUCACCGCCUUCGCUCUCUCCGCCAUGCUCAACAAGAACGGCAAGAUCACAAUGGCCGACAUCCAGAAUGUGACCCUGGCGGGCGGGGUGACAGUGGGGGCGUCGGUGGAUAUGAUGAUCUCCCCCGCGGCUGCGUACGCACUGGGUGUGAUGGGCUGCACCGCCUGCAUGCUGGGAUACAAAUACCUCAGCCCCUUCCUGGCCCGCCACCUCCGGAUCCAGGACCAGUGUGGUAUCCACAACCUGCAUGGCCUCACAGGACUCAUAUCCUGUGCCGCAGGGUUAUGUGCCAUCCUGACAGCCACUGAAGAGGUGUAUGGACCCAGUAUGUAUGAGAUCUUUAGCCACAGGGCACCUAUGGAAGGAGAUCCUAAGCUUCUGGAGCUCCGGGAGUUGAUCCCUGGUCUGCAGCCAGGUCUGGGGCGCAGUGCCAGGGAACAGGCCCUCUACCAGGUGGCAGCUGUGUUCUCCACUAUGGGAGUGGCAGCACUAGGGGGCGUAUUGACAGGCUUUGUGUUGAAGCUGCCGUAUCUUGCAUCACCCUCAGAUGACCUCUGCUUUGAUGAUGAGCUGUUUUUCAACGUUCCGCCCGACUAUGAUUGUUCGAUGGCCCUAAACGGUCAAAUCAAAACUGAGGAUUCGACAGCCGCAUAG